GUGUCAUCAGAUGGUGUGAUGUGAAUGUUGUGAAUUGUUUGUUUUAGGAACACGUACAUAAACACUUUUAGUACAUAACCAAUAACUUUUUGUUGAAAGUUAAUCUAUGUAUAGUUGAGUUUGACACUGUCUAAUGUGCAUAUUCCAGUGGUUGUAAGAUAGACAAUUCACAUCGAACUAUUAAUAAAACAUCCUGACUGACGCUUGUUAAUUUUUUUCUUCUUGCAUCAGUCAACAGCAGAGUGGGCAGACUUUGCCAAGCAGUCAAAUUGUUAUCAGUGAGUGAUUCGUGUUUCGAUGUUGCUUCCUUGUGCUUUGGAACAUUUGGUAAAUUUACGUUUUAAAUAAUUUAUAAAUAGCCAUGUGUUAAAUAUAUUAGUCUCUUAAAGUUUAAGUGAAUUUUGGUCUUUCUCAUUAUUGUGAAUUUGUGUAUUUUCAUCAUGCCUAAAAACAUUUUAUUCCUUCACCCUGAUCUUGGAAUUGGAGGGGCUGAAAGACUAGUAGUUGAUGCUGCUUUGGCACUUAUUGCAAAAGGGCAUGUUGUUAAUUUUGUGACAACACACCAUGAUUUGUCUCAUUGUUUUGAAGAAACUAAGAACGGCUCAUUUCCAGUAACUGUUGUGGGAGACUGGAUUCCAAGGAAUAUUUUUGGUAAAUUUUAUGCAUUAUGUGCAUACCUCAAAAUGAUUUAUGCUGCAUUUUACAUUAUUUGUUUUAGCUCAAUUCAACCUGAUCUUAUUUUUUGUGAUAUUGUAUCAGCAUGCAUUCCAGUCUUUUGGCUGUCUAGAUGCCGUGUGAUUUAUUAUUGUCAUUUUCCUGAUCAGUUAUUAAGUAAGCCAGGUUCCAAGUUGAAAAGUUUGUAUAGAGCACCUUUGAAUUGGCUAGAAGAAAUAACUACUGCUUCUGCUGAUAUAAUUUUAGUUAAUAGUGAAUUUACACGUAAUGUUUUUAAAGACACGUUCAAAAGUAUACAGAAAACGCCAGCAAUUUUGUAUCCUUCAAUUAACACUGAUUUCUUUAAACGUGAUUGUAGUAGUUCCUUGAAAGAUAUCCUAGGAGGUGAUUUUGAGCCUGACAGAUUCAUCUUUCUCUCAAUAAACCGCUACGAAAGAAAGAAAAACAUCUUGUUGGCGAUAACAGCUUUGAGUUUGUUAAAAACCAAACUGAGUGAAAAAGACUGGGACCGUGUGUAUCUUAUUAUAGCUGGAGGGUAUGACAGCAGAGUAAUUGAAAACUUGGAGUACUAUGAAGAACUUAAAGAAAAGUCUAUUAAAUAUGAAGUACAGAACAAAGUUUAUUUUUUAAAGUCUCCUUCAGAUGAUGACAAACUAUAUUUGCUCCAACAGUGUGAUUGCUUGUUAUAUACUCCAUCAAAUGAGCAUUUUGGAAUUGUUCCUCUUGAGGCUAUGUAUUCACAGAAAGCUGUAAUAGCAGUAAAUAAUGGAGGUCCCGUUGAAACUGUUGUGGAUGGUGAAACAGGAUUUUUAUGUGAAGCAAGUGAAGAAAGUUUUUCAUCUGCCAUGGCUGUGUGUGUAAAAGACAUUAAUGUCACACGAAGUUUGGGAAUGGCUGGAAGGAAACGAUUUGAAGAAAAAUUCUCAUUUGCAGCUUUUCAAAAUAAUUUAAAUGAGAUAGUAGAAAACAUUACACCAUUAGAAUAAUGUAACUAGUUGAAAUUAUAGGCUAGCUUAGAAUUAAUCUGUACAUUUAUGAACUGAUUUUAUAAGUGAAUGAAUUAAAAGUAUAUAGAUUUUUAAACAGUUUUAAA